AUAGCUUUUUUUUUAAAGCUAAUAAGUCAAUAAAUUGGUUCGUUUAGCCAAACAUGCCCUGAGUGUGGAUUUGAAGUUCACAGCUCUGUUUGUUCUGGAAAUUUCCACCGCCACAAAACGCCAUCUUCUACAAAUAAUUCAGAGGCAAAAACCCUAGGUUUGUUUUUUUGUUGAAUUUUGAUCGAUGGAUGAUCGAUAAUGCGUGAAUUGCGUAGCGGAGGAAGACCAGAAGAGGAGACGAAUGCUGUAAGAUCGAUAAAGGAGGAGAAGAAGAAUAUGGAUGACUACGAUAGCGCAGGCCCCAGUGGCGAUAAGGCUUUCGCUGCUCAAGAUCAUGAACCUACCACCGCUCCACUUCCAGAAAAGGUUCAGGUUGGUGGUUCCCCGUCAUAUAAGAUUGAGAGAAAACUUGGAAAGGGGGGGUUUGGACAAGUAUAUGUGGGACGCCGUAUUAAUGCACCAGUUCCUCAUGAAAGAACUGGUUCUGGAGCUGUAGAGGUUGCAUUGAAGUUUGAGCACCGUAGCAGCAAAGGAUGUAACUAUGGACCGCCAUAUGAAUGGCAAGUUUACAAUGUUCUUGGUGGAAGUCAUGGUGUGCCACGUGUACAUUUCAAAGGCAGACAGGGUGAUUACUACAUAAUGGUCAUGGAUAUGCUUGGACCUAGCUUAUGGGAUGUCUGGAAUAACAACUCACACACGAUGUCGAUUGAAAUGGUUGCAUGCAUAGCUAUAGAAGCCAUCUCCAUAUUAGAGAAAAUCCACUCCAGAGGGUACGUACAUGGUGAUGUUAAACCUGAGAAUUUCUUGCUUGGUCCUCCUGGAACGUCAGAUGAGAAAAAGCUGUUUCUUGUUGAUCUUGGUUUAGCCACCAGGUGGCGAGAUGCAUCAUCUGGACUGCAUGUUGAAUAUGAUCAGCGACCGGAUGUGUUUAGGGGAACUGUGCGGUAUGCAAGUGUACAUGCCCAUCUUGGUAGGACAGGAAGCCGGAGGGAUGAUUUGGAAUCCCUUGCUUAUACGCUUGUAUUUCUUCUUCGCGGUCGGUUACCAUGGCAAGGAUUCCAGGGUGAAAAUAAAGGGUUCCUUGUGAGCAAGAAGAAGAUGGCAACUUCUCCGGAGACACUAUGUAGCUUCUGUCCUGCCCCAUUCCGGAAUUUUGUUGAAUAUGUUGUUAAUCUUAAGUUUGACGAGGAACCUAAUUAUGCAAAAUAUGUUUCCCUUUUCGAUGGGAUAGUUGGUCCGAAUCCAGAUAUUAGACCCAUCAACACCGACGGUGCUCAGAAGCUUAUUGGACACAAGCGGGGAAGAUUGACAAUGGAGCAAGAAGAUGAUGAACAGCCAAAGAAGAAGAUCCGCAUGGGGAUGCCUGCAACUCAGUGGAUAAGCGUAUAUAAUGCUCGUCGCCCCAUGAAGCAGAGGUAUCACUAUAAUGUGGCAGAAGUGAGGCUUGCUCAACAUAUACAAAAAGGAAAUGAAGACGGGUUACUCAUCAGUAGUGUGGCUUCUUGCUCGAACUUAUGGGCUCUUAUCAUGGAUGCAGGCACUGGAUACACCUCUCAAGUUUACCAACUGUCUCCCUUAUUUCUUAAUAAGGAUUGGAUUAUGGAACAGUGGGAUAAGAACUAUUAUAUCAGUGCAAUAGCCGGUGCCAAUAAUGGGAGCUCCUUGGUUGUAAUGUCAAAGGGUACUCCUUACCUUCAGCAGUCGUAUAAAGUCAGUGAAUCGUUUCCGUUCAAGUGGAUAAAUAAAAAAUGGAAAGAGGGAUUCCAUGUGACUGCUAUGGCAACUGCGGGAAAUAAAUGGGCCAUUGUUAUGUCCCGUGGUGCUGGAUUCUCUGAACAGGUUGUGGAAUUGGACUUUUUGUAUCCAAGUGAAGGGAUUCAUAAAAGAUGGGAUGCGGGGUAUCGGAUAACAGCAACUGCAGCUACGUGGGACCAAGCUGCUUUUGUUCUUAGCGUACCAAGAAGAAAACCCGCAGAUGAAACACAGGAAACUCUGCGGACAUCAGCUUUUCCUAGUACACAUGUCAAGGAAAAAUGGGCAAAGAAUCUGUAUAUUGCUUCUAUGUGUUAUGGCCGAACAGUCUCAUGAUCGGUCACAGUCAUAUAUAUAUAUAUAUAUCGACCGAUUAACCGCCUACUACUUUCAAGCGGAGGUCCAUUUAUAUUUGCCAAAUAGUGGUAGUACUAACAUAACGUAAUUGGGCUUUGUUUUUAUAAUCGUUGAGAUAAUGCUUCUUAGUUGCCAAUCAAACUGGUACAUGUCCUUUGAACGAUAGUCAUUUUAUCGAAGGGUUGUGCACAUGCUUUACAUAAUGUUUGAAUCGAGUUCUACUAGCUAUUCUAUCA